AUGACCACAACUCCUUAUAUAAUACGAUUUUGUUUACAACGAUCCGAGAUUAAAACCAAUCGACCCCUGGCUGGCCAGAGAUGCUACUAUCAAGGUCUCACUGGUGGCUUAUAUCCAAAUAUCAGUUGGUAUCAACUAAUUGAUGACCCUAUCGAGAUACCUCCGAGUAAGCGACUUCGUAUUCCAUAUGACCAGUUCAUAGUGCGAUGUUACAACAAAACUUUGCUUGGAAAAAUCAGCGAUAAACCGUUUUAUAACGAAUCCAUGUUCUAUGAACAUGCUUUUGUAACAUUUUCCAAAAUGGAUGAUAUGGAAAAACCAUCGCUUAGUAUUCUUGUACUAGAUUCAGUAUCCAGAAAUCAGUUUCUGCGACAUAUGCAUAAAACUGUUGAAUACAUGAAACAGCUUGGUUUCAUCAUUUUAGAAGGGUACACAAAAGUGGGCGAUAAUUCUGCAGUGAACUUGUUACCGAUACUAGCUGGUAAAUCAAUAUUACCGCAGAUUGGUGGCAAUGGCGAUGAAGUUUUACCAUUAAAUAAAAAAGUUUCUUUGGAAGAUAUUGACUUUUUAUGGAAAAUGAUGAAAGGUAUUGUUUGUUUAUAG